CCGACAGGUAAUAGGGUAAGUUUUUCAUCUCCAAAAGAUGAAACUGAGACCAUCCUGACUCCACUUGGGCUACUAAGAACUGAUAGUGCAACAUUUUGGUCGGAAUUUUUCUCAACAAAUGAUUUGGUUUUUGAAUCCGAAACAAGCAAAUACCUCUUGAAAGAAAGUCUAGGCUUAGGAGGAACAGCGAUAAUUACCAAGUUUAUAAACCAAGAAACUGGAGAGACUGUUGUAAUAAAAUUAGCAAUAGACAAGGACAAUACCGAUAUAAGUGAGGAAAAAAGGAUCUUGAAUAAAAUCAAAGCGCUUGGAUCUGAGAACUACAACAUAGUGAAGUUUUAUGAAGAUUUUUACUACCAAAAAAAACAGUGCCUUGUGUUUGAAAAACUGGAUAUCGAUCUGGAAGACUUUACAGAGGUAAUUGUAGGUGGUGGACUACAUUUGUGUGACAUUCGACUUAUCGCUCAACAGGUACUGGUGGCUUUAGACUUUCUACAUAGUAAUGGAAUAGCACAUAGAGAUCUCAAGCCUGACAACAUAAUGCUGGUAGACCGCUCCUCUCUAAAAGUGAAAUUAAUCGAUAUGGGUUUCACUGAGGAGAUAGAACUAAUGGAAAAUAUUUGUGUUAACCCUCUUUGUUUCAUGCCUCCGGAGGAAAUGAUGUCUGACAAGCUAGAUGCUAGUUUUGAUAUGUGGUGUCUAGCCCUCACUUUGAUCUAUUUCUACCUUCAAGAUCAGCUGUUUGAAUAUGAUACUAUCGAAGAAACAUUGGCGGCAAUUGUUAAAAUGUUUGGUGAACCACACUGCAGUAAAAAUUUUUUCUUUUGGAAAAGGAAAAUUGAGAAGUAUGAGCCAGAGCUGAGGCUGAAUUCUUUGGACGACCUGCUGGAAAUCCGUCCAGCAACACAAGACCCCAUUGAAAGGGAGGAUUUACUAAGUUUCAUAGAUUUUCUAAAGCAAAUGCUAGUUCCUACACCGCAAGAACGUAUUACCUCAGCAGCUGCACUUAAACACAGCUUUAUUACCAUGGACCAUUUGUCUAACUUCGAAAGCAGCAGCCCUUAUGUCCUUGAAGCCCAUGAGGCAAUGAGAACUUACAAAUUCAUGACACCACAAAGUUUGGGAUCCACAUCCUCUUCUGGCAACAGUUCCUCUGUCUGUUCAGGCAACUAUGCAUCACCGACAGGUAAUAGGGUAAGUUUUUCAUCUCCAAAAGAUGAAACUGAGACCAUCCUGACUCCACUUGGGCUACUAAGAACUGAUAGUGCAACAUUUUGGUCGGAAUUUUUCUCAACAAAUGAUUUGGUUUUUGAAUCCGAAACAAGCAAAUACCUCUUGAAAGAAAGUCUAGGCUUAGGAGGAACAGCGAUAAUUACCAAGUUUAUAAACCAAGAAACUGGAGAGACUGUUGUAAUAAAAUUAGCAAUAGACAAGGACAAUACCGAUAUAAGUGAGGAAAAAAGGAUCUUGAAUAAAAUCAAAGCGCUUGGAUCUGAGAACUACAACAUAGUGAAGUUUUAUGAAGAUUUUUACUACCAAAAAAAACAGUGCCUUGUGUUUGAAAAACUGGAUAUCGAUCUGGAAGACUUUACAGAGGUAAUUGUAGGUGGUGGACUACAUUUGUGUGACAUUCGACUUAUCGCUCAACAGGUACUGGUGGCUUUAGACUUUCUACAUAGUAAUGGAAUAGCACAUAGAGAUCUCAAGCCUGACAACAUAAUGCUGGUAGACCGCUCCUCUCUAAAAGUGAAAUUAAUCGAUAUGGGUUUCACUGAGGAGAUAGAACUAAUGGAAAAUAUUUGUGUUAACCCUCUUUGUUUCAUGCCUCCGGAGGAAAUGAUGUCUGACAAGCUAGAUGCUAGUUUUGAUAUGUGGUGUCUAGCCCUCACUUUGAUCUAUUUCUACCUUCAAGAUCAGCUGUUUGAAUAUGAUACUAUCGAAGAAACAUUGGCGGCAAUUGUUAAAAUGUUUGGUGAACCACACUGCAGUAAAAAUUUUUUCUUUUGGAAAAGGAAAAUUGAGAAGUAUGAGCCAGAGCUGAGGCUGAAUUCUUUGGACGACCUGCUGGAAAUCCGUCCAGCAACACAAGACCCCAUUGAAAGGGAGGAUUUACUAAGUUUCAUAGAUUUUCUAAAGCAAAUGCUAGUUCCUACACCGCAAGAACGUAUUACCUCAGCAGCUGCACUUAAACACAGCUUUAUUACCAUGGACCAUUUGUCUAACUUCGAAAGCAGCAGCCCUUAUGUCCUUGAAGCCCAUGAGGCAAUGAGAACUUACAAAUUCAUGACACCACAAACCAAAAAACAUGCUUGUGUUGAAAAACUGGAUAUCGAUCUGGAAGACUUUACAGGGAAUUUUCAUGGUACCUGCAUCACCAAGCAGGACCUCUACAUCCUGAGUCUGAGUGAAGCCCUGGUGUCAGCUCCCUCAGUCUCUGGUCCCACAAUUCAACUCAAGCAGAUCACCUCGUUAACCAGCUCGAACUAA